GCGCAGUCGGUCGGCUCAUGGACACGAUGUUCUGGACUUUGCCCAAGAAGUGCGAAUUAGUUCCGUGGGAUUUCGGAUCGCAAGAGCUGCAUUUAUUGGGAAUCUUACACACAACGCAGGCAGUGCAUAAGUAAAUAGGUUUGUUGUACAGGUAGGGGGCUGUUUUUCGUUUCUGCCGAAAUGAAUACCGAAGGAAUCUGCGUUCUGCUGGCGUGCGUCGCUCUGGCAGUGGGCGAGGUCUGCAAAUCAGUUGACGGACUCCAAGCUGUGAGCAAGUCCUACAAGAUCUCGGAGGACCAUGUCCUGUUCGGGAUCCUGGGGGCCUGCCCGCCCGUAGGAGAGGAGCGAGACCCGGCACUCCGGUUCCGCAUUACGGACAACAGCCAGACACCCGGGCUUUGGCUUCUCGAUUCAACAACGGGAGAAUUUAGAUUCGAGCCUGCCCUCCACUUUGUGGGCGUGGUCAGUUUCACCUACAUUGUCACUGACAGCUCUGGCCAGACUAGCCUGCCCGCCAAGGUGACCAUCCUGGUCAGGGGUAAUCCGGCCGUGCCCCUGCUGGAGCUGCACAAGAUCAGUGCUGCAUCGGGCACCUAUGUACCGCUUGGGAUGCAGGUGACUAUUGAGCAGGAGGGGCCUAUCCUAACAGUUGCGAUGUGCAACUGCAACGAAACACUCCAGUGUCACAGGGAUACAGCUUCUUGUUACUGCAUCCUCACCCUGCCCAACGGUUGGGAGCUCGCCGAUGGAUUGACGAGGCGUCUUUCUGUGCAGGAGUUGAACAAUCUGUCACCUGAUCAGCUGCAGAACCUGACUCUGAAGACCCAAGUGACCUCAGCAGGCAGGCACUGCUUUGAAGUUCACGCGGUCAACUGGAACGUAGCCACAGAAGAACCGCUCGACGUCAAGCGCAAACUCCUUAUUGACAUCGGCCCGCUCCCGACCACAUCCCACAACACCCACAACCUGGACGGGCCCACCACCAGUGUGCUGCAGCUGGACACCAGGGAGGGUCAAGUGAUCAGGUUUGGGGGCCUGCGUGUGCGGGACACUGACGACGUAAAGGGAACGUACCGCGUCCGGGUCUCCUUGGACCAGGGCGGGACGCUGUGGGUCAAGCAAGAUGAGAGACCUGAUGUCAUCUUCUUUCCAAAGGAAUCGGACAGCCCAGAGUGGGUGCUGCCUAAUUCUCACAAGGAGUAUCGUAAUUUACACCGCUUUGGGAAUUUCUAUGAAACCUAUGAACCAUUCGACAACCGGGCAGGUAACAACGGGAAGAAGCAGUUGUCAUUUGUUGGCUCUUUGGAAGGCAUCAACCACGUCCUGGCCGGCAUGGUGUACGUCCCCUGGUGUCCUCAUUGGCCGACUCCACCCAGCUGGAACCUUCCCGAGUCCUCCUGGAUGGAUCCGUCCAAUCACGAUCAGCUGAUGAGUGAUGAUCCUCUCAAGCCCGUCAUCUGGCCACAAUGGUACCCUCGCUUCUGGUACCCCUUCCCACGCAAGAGCUGGACCUGGUGGCCCCGCGUUCUGCCCCCUUGGUGGCUCAACCAGUCUUGCUCUGACUGGACCAGCCACGUCCACCUGGAGAUGCAUGAAAUCACGCCGGCAACCUGCGACGUGGAUACCAGUGUGGACAUGGUUCGCUGGGAUGCCGACAUUCAUGUGAGGACGAGGGAAUCCGAACCCAAGAGUCUCAUAACGGACAACUUGUUCACCUAUUUCUCAGAAGACGCCAGGUCCUUCUUGCUCCAGAACCUGUACAUUCGCUCCAAGGAAGAGACAUUCCAGGUCAUGUUUACUCUGCAAGUGGUGGAGAAGCAGCUGGCUACUAUUGAAAACACGGAUACCAAUAGGUCCACUUUCACCUGUACCAGUGUGCCAGACUGCAAUGACAAACUCCAGAAAAUCCGGGUCCAUCUGCUAGAAGGCAGUGAGGGUGCAUGUAAAGUCACCAUAGAGAUACGCAUGUACAAAGAUGGCUCCGACAGACUGUCUGACUACAUGAUGCUGUGGGCGUACAAGACAAAGCCAGAGUGCAUCAACUACCUGUACAAUGACAAAGAUGCAGUUAUUGAGCCAUCUCAAAACCAGAUCACGGUGUGGCAGGGUGAAAUUGUACCAAUGGACCUGCGCUAUGCAACCUCAGUGCCUGACAGGACUGGCAUCCUUCACACUGUCAUCUACGCUGACCAUGGUCUAGUCACGGUCUCGGCGCCCGACGGGCUGCGUGUCUACAUGGACCACAUGGGCCAGCACAACCGCAUCCCGUCCUACCUCUGCAUCUCUGGCCCAACGGACAUGGUGCUGCAAGCGCUGCUGAGUGCCAAGUUCACGCCGUUCAAGAACUUUAAAGGGGAGGCAACCGUGAAGGUGAAUUACACCGUGCCAUUUAUGGCACUCAGGGAAACCUAUGGAGUAGCGGUCAGGCCUCCCAUGAGGAGGGCAGUGGUCACGUUUGAAGUCGUGAACGGUGAGCGCCCCUACCUCCCACUCCUUGCCAUGCCCUCCAAGGUCUGCAUGACCGAGAUGGACCUCCUGCCGUUGGACAUGAUGCGGAUCGAGGGACGAUACGCGGAGGACGAGCCUGUCAGCAUGUCCAUGGUGGCUCUUAAGGGGCAACUCAUCGUGGAGCAGUCCAGGAUAUCCGAACUUUAUGAGUGUCCGACAGCUACCGCAGGCAGCGAUGGUGCGUGCAUAGAGGAGUGCAGUUUCCACACAGCUUGCCCUGGAACUAAGAUGUGCUGCCACCAAGGCUGCUCUAGAAUCUGCACUGAAUCCCAGAAGGUUGCGACAGUGGAGUCUCACACUCCUCAAAACGUCAACAUCCAUGGCAACAUCAGCACCAUCAACCGUGUGCUGGAGGCCGAAAAUUUGUGGUAUCUUGCUAAACCCUGCCAGACUGAUGACAAUGGGGAGAUAGUGACAGACAGGGUGAUAGAGACCCAAGAAGAUGCCAUCAGGAUUGAGAUCAUUCCGGCACGCAACCCCGAGGGAGAUUCGGUGUUUGGCACCAUUUUUGUCCAGAUCAACUGCACACCACCGAUGAAGACUGCUCCAGCACCUGUCAAUGGAGCAGGGUCAGCAGAGUGCCAGGAGGAGUGGGGGGCGUGGCGAGACUGUCAGGUCAGUGAGGGGACGUGUGGACGGGGGACCCAGGUCCGCUUUGGGCUGUGUGGGACAGAGGAGUUGAGGCAGGAGAGGCCGUGCAUAGUCUGUGGAUGCAAACCGGAGAAGUCAGUCCUCGUUGACCCCAGCACUCCCUUGAGGGGUUGCGCUUCAGAUCAUCCCAUCCAACGCUGCCCUACAGGCUGUGCCGUUGACAGCUAUCACAUGGAGAUGCACUCCUUCACUUGCUCGCCUCCCGAGGAUCCAGACACCGAUGCCCAGGCUCUUCCUCUUCAGAGAACCAAGUCCAUCGAGGUCCAUGACAGUUGCACCUGCAGUGCCUGCCUGACCUACGAAUAAGAAACAAGUUUGACAAAGUUACUCAACUGUAUCAGCAUUUUAUCUUUACCUUAACCCUAACAGUCCCAAAUCCUCUGAUUUCAAUAUGAUUUUACAUACACCCUAGGGGGUUAGGGUUUUAAUGGAUAAUCUUGGUUCACGAAAACCCAACAGUUUUUUUGAAUAGGCCUAUAAAAGAGGAUUUUUUUGGUGGUUUUGGAGAAAUAAUUAUUAUUAUAGUUGUUAUUCCGUUUUAUUGUAAAAAAAUGGCACCUGGCAACAAGCAUACAUAAACUGUACAAUUAUACUGUAUAAAAAUACUUAUGCACGAUAAAAAAUUAUUAAAACAAAAAGAUUAAAAAUUGCUCAAAUAGUGAGCUUAGAUUUUAAGAAUCCAUAUUACAGUCAAACCUCGUUUAACAAUAACACUGUUAAUACAAGAUUCUGAUUAUAACAAGGAAAAUGCUAGGUUUUAAUUUGUUUUUCAUGCCAAGUCCGAAGGACCUCUUAUUAACGAGGUUCGGCUGUACUCAUGAAAGAGGACCCGACAACAGCAGUGGAAACCAACCUUGAAGCUCAUCACGAGUUGCAUAGGCUGAAACGGGAUCAGACACAAUUCAGAUGAGUAGUAAGCUUGCCGACUCGAGACUGGACAACUUGGGAUUGACUUGGGAGAGGAGACUGGACAACACCGACAGUAAUCCGAGCAAUUCUUGAAAUCAAUGACAUCUUCUGAUUUUAGUUGCCACAUUGAACUAUAACAUUUUCACUCACCUUUCACAGAUCACGUAAUAUUAAAUAUCUUCAGUUAUUGGCUGUGCAUCUUAAACAAACAAAAGAAAUAGGUAUACAAAACUGGUAAACUUUCAAGUGCAGAGCCUACAGAAAUAACUUUUCAUGGAUAUAUCUACCCGAUCAGAACAGCAUUAUUCUUGAUAUGAAUUGGAAAACUAGUUUUGUAAUUUUUUUCCACAGAUUUCUGGUAUUGUUUUCAUUUUUUUGAUAAAGUGCUUUUAUAACCUGUUGAAUCUUUGUUUUUACCCGUUAGCAAUAAAGGUGGACUCUCAUUCUGGCAACCUCAAAA